GUAGCAGCGCGCGGUCUUCAACUGCCUGACGCGUCAUGGCCUCGUUUUUUGAUGUCAGCUCUAAGAGGAAAGAUAAAAAAGAAGAGGAAGAAGGCUACGGAGCAGUGUAUGCUAAGCUGGAUAAAUCUGUGGUUUUGCAAGAAGCCCGCUUGUUUAAUCAAACAACACUUAACCCAAGGAAAUGUGUGCACAUAUUGACUAAAAUUCUAGUGAUUUUGGAGCAGAGUGAAAAGUUGGGGAAGGUAGAGGCAACGGAUGCUUUUUUCGCAAUGACCAAGUUGUUUCAAUCCAAUGACCAAAAUCUUCGUCGCAUGCUUUACCUAGUGAUUAAAGAAUUGUCUGCUGUUGCUGAUGACGUGAUUAUUGUUACUAGCAGCUUAACUAAAGAUAUGACCGGCCCAGAGAUUGCUUUUCGAGGUCCUGCAAUUCGGGCGCUUUGCACUAUUACGGAUGCAGCGAUGGUCCAAAGUAUUGAACGCUACCUAAAACAGGCUGUAGUAGAUAAGUCUCCUGCAAUAGCAUCAGCUGUGUUGACGUCAGCAUAUAAGUUAAUGGAUGUUUGUCCGGAUAUAAUCAAAAGAUGGACGAAUGAAGUACAAGAAGCUGCAUCGGGCUCUCGUAUAAUGGUACAAUAUCAUGCUCUUGGUCUGUUGUAUUUAAUUCGUCAAUCUGAUCGACUUGCUGUGACGAAAAUGAUUCAAAAGUUUACUCGGUCUACUUUGAGAUCCCCUUACGCCUACUGUCUCAUGAUAAGGAUAGUAGCAAAGCAGUUGGACGAAGAUGGGCACUCGAAUAAUCCACAAUUAUAUGAGUUUUUGGAGUCAUCUCUUCGCCAUAAAUCGGAAAUGGUCAUAUAUGAAGCAGCUCGAGCAAUAAUUAGCCUCCGAAACUUAACAGCUAAAGAGUUAGCACCUGCUGUAGGUGUUUUACAACUGCUUUGUACGUCUUCCAAACCUGCGUUACGAUAUGCUGCUGUACAUACGUUAAAUGCUGUCGCCACUAACCAUCCUGCAGCGGUAACUGCAUGUAAUCUCGAUCUUGAGCAAUUAAUCGGUGAUCCUAAUAGAAGCAUUGCAACACUUGCAAUAACAACUUUACUAAAGACGGGUAACGAGUCGAAUGUUGAACGUUUGCUAAAACAUGUAUCUCCGUUCAUGAGUGAAAUAAGCGAUGAGUUUAAAAUAGUCGUAUUGGAAUCUAUCCAUGCAUUAGCAACAAAGUACCCCAAAAAGUAUACAGUGUUAUUAAACUUUUUAUCUGGACUUCUUCGUGAUUCGGCUGGAUACACUUUUAAAAAAGCAGUUGUGGUUGCUAUCGAAUCAAUUAUCAAACAAAUUCCAGAAGCCAAAAGUAUAGGUUUGUUACAAUUAUGUGACUUCAUAGAGGAUUGUGAACAUGUUAAACUAACACAGCGUAUACUCCAUCUGUUGGGACGGGAGGGACCCUACCUCAAACGUCCUCGUCAAUUUACUCGUUACAUUUACAAUAGAGUUAUGCUCGAAUCAGCUCCCAUUAAGUGCACAGCUACAACAGCUCUGGCGAGGUUUGCUGCACACAAUGAGGAAUUACUUCCGAGUAUUCUUGUACUUCUUAAACGAAUUAUGAUUGAUGAAGACGAUGAGGUUCGUGAUCGCGCAGCUUUCUACCACUAUAUUUUAUCACAUAACCAAGUAGCAUUAAAAUCUGCUUACCUUUUAAGUGAAGAAAUGCAUCUAAGUCCAUCUGGUUUAGAGCGUGCUUUGUUGGAUUAUGUGCACAACUCACACACAGUUGCUGGUAGUCCUUUCUCUUUGGUGACAGUCCCAAUAGCUGAUAUUGUUCAGCCAAAUGAUCUUAGUUCUGCCAUUGAAUCGGAUGUUGUAAAGAUUAAAGCUAAAUCUAAUACGAUGGCUGGUGAAGGUCGAAACGCAUCACUUGCUUCUCAGAUGUCAGGGAAACGUAUUCAAGAUACAUUUGCUGAGCAGCUGGCAUCUAUACCCGAAUUUUCUGGUCUUGGCUCCGUAUUCAAAUCUUCUUCCUUAAUAGAAUUAACUGAAUCUGACACUGAAUAUGUAGUAUCAUGCAUAAAACAUUUAUUCUCAAGGCAUUUAGUCUUGCAGUUUGAUUGUAUCAAUACAAUGGCAGACCAAGUCUUGGAGAAUGUCUAUGUUUCGUGUGAGCCGGACGAUCCCAUGUUUAACAUUGUCUGCACAGUACCUUGCAAAAGCUUAAAAUAUAAUUCUCCCGCUGUGACGUAUGUUCUAGUUGAGUUGCCGGAGGAUCUAGAAUGUCAUUCUGCUACGUUUAUCAACAUAUUGAAAUUUACUAUCAAAGAUAUUGACUCUGAUCCUUCGGAUCCUGGUUUGCCAGACGAAUAUCAAGUAAGUUAUUUGUGGGCCCAAUCGAGGUUUGUGUUACACAUCAUGUCAUAAACUUUGAUUCUGUAAAUAUAAUUUAUCUUUCACUGAGUCAUUCUGUAAAAUAAAUCCUAAAAAAAGCAGCAAUUUGACAUGUCAAGACCAUACUUGUAUCAUUAAUCACAGUUCAUAGACACAUGCUGCUUUUCUACAGCUACCUCGUAUACUGGACUUAUACAGUAAUUAGUUAGAAGACGUACGAUUACUUUUGGUAUGAACAUUGGUUAGCCAACUCUACUCAUCAUUUUCUAAAUAUCUCACCAGAUAUUUACAGGAAAUAUUUUAUCCAUGUAAUGCACCUAAUUUUGUAGUUGCAUGGCUAGACUAUUAUUUUAGUACCCGAAAAUCAUUAGGAGUUUGGAUGAACGUGAUACUUUGUUAAUUGUCAGUAUGAACAAUAGUAAUAAAUCCAAAGGUUUAACUUGUUUCAUAUUUGAUCCAUUUUAAACCUUACACGUUUAACAAACGUAGUCAUUGCUCUUUAACAAGUAGUUUUUUAGAUCUGAAAAAUACCAAACAGUCGUAUCAAGUGAAGUAUUCGGUAGUCCACACGAAGGCCCAUCGAUAUUGUUAAUUUACUCAGUAUUUAGUUUCAAGGCGCAUAUGUAGUCGAACAUUGUCAAUAAAGUAACUAAGUAACAAAAGUGGAUCUGUACUAUGUUCCAGUUAGACGUAUACAAAAUGCAGUUGCAUGUUAGUAAAGCAAAAAAAGUUUCAUUUCGUUGGGAAUAUCACAUUAUAAUUAAUUCGUUUUUGUAUUGUUCGUUCUUAUUUUCCCAUCGAUGUUUAGGAGUGCAAUCAAUCAGUCUCUUACUGGCAUAUGAACAUCCUGUGCGGAUUGCCUUGAGUCACAAGCAUUAUAGGCAAAAAUGGAUGGUGGCUAGCAGUGCAAUCCAGGAUGCACGCUUCGUACUAUUUGGAACUUGUUAGUUAGAUGUAACUGCACCCAAAUGUUGAUGUUUAAUCCGGGAGUCGAACCCAGCACCUUUUGUGAUGGCGUUUGGAGCGAGCGGUACUGGGUUCGAGUCCUGGGGUGAAAAUCAACUCGGUGAUGCCGGUAAAUCCAACCGACAAGUCCCUAAUACGACGGAACGCACAUCCUAGAUUCCACAGCUAGCCAUCAUACAUUUUUGCUUAUAAAAGAACAAUUAAGUCGCUAAGUAUGCUUUUGUUAUGGUACAUCAUAUCCCCCAUCCACUUUCUGGUUUCUCAUUUUCUAACACUUCCGACUUUUAUAACAGUUGGAAGACCUGGUCCUAGGUAUUUCAGACCAUAUUCAACGUGUUUCGAAACAGAACUUUACAUUGGCUUGGCAGGAACUCAGUCCUGAAACUGAAGUAGAGGAGACGUAUAUGCUGGUGAAGCACAAAACUAUUAAAGGUAUGCUAAACUUUACUGUUGAUACUUUAUCUUACACUUGCAGUUUGUUACUUCGAACUAAAUGACCAAUGAAUUACGCAGAUCAAUUUGAUUAAUACAAACCCAGUGUGUGCAUCAAAAUGUUAGACAUUCUAUUAACUUUAAUUAACGUUAUUUAACUAUCGAAACAAAAGUAUAGAGUGUCUUAACGGAGUCAAAUUUAUCAAUAGAUUUGUUCCCAAACAGGAUAUAGUAUAUUAAGAAGUAUUUUAAAGUAAAGCAUGUUGACUACGAUAAAAACAAAUCUGUCUUAUAAUCACAAUGGUUUUUUUUCAUAUUUUCAAACUAUAGGAAACCCUCGAGUUUUACCGUUUUUUUGUCACCUGCUCAAAAUCUAUAGGGCUCACUAUUAUUUUGCUAGACGAAAAUGUCUAGUGAAUUUACAUUUUUCUCAUUAAAGAACUGUUUAAAACUAAUCUCUUUUCUUACCUUAGAAAUGGGUGUACUCUCCCUCGGUGUACACAAUUAACGGAAUUAAGCUAAGAUUAUUGUUUUUAUGUAGUGUGUAAUAAAGAGUUAGAUUACUUUUGUUAAUGCUUUUGAAAGAACACGGCUGAAUUGUUCAUAAUUUUGUUUUCUUGGAGAGUAGUGCAACAUAUACUAUGUAGCCGCUCAUGAUCAUCAAAUGAUAUUUAUUGUAAAACACUGAUUUUUAGAUAUGUAACGAAUCCUCAUGCUUCUUCGCUUUAAAUCAUUGGUUAUUUCCUCAUACUUUAGAAACGAUGCGUCAAAUUAUCGAACACCUUGGACUUCAGCCUUGUGAUCAAACUGAUCAUAUGCCUCAUGAAGGAAAGUCAUCUCAUCAGCUCCUUCUGUCCGGAGUAUAUCGUGGUGGGUACCAAGUUUUGGCCUUAUGUAAACUUGCUAAAGUAUUGUCUGAUGCAUCCCUUCAUUCAAACGAACAGGGUGUAACUUUCCAAAUCACAGUACGUUCAUCUGAUCCCGUUGUUAGUCGAAUAAUAGCUGAUGCCAUCGGUUGAGUUGUCAUACUGAAAGGCUUCCAUAUUACUAUAUGACAUAUCCUAAUUAUGUAUUGUAUUAUUUCUUUGUUUCUUACAUUGGACUAUUGGUAAUCGCUUUGUUUACAAAUUUAAUCAAACUACAAGGUUGUUGCUAACACCACUCGUUGAAAAGCUGUGAUUUCUUUCUUGUUAAUAAUAAAUCUUUAUUUUGCAAUCUCUAAAUAUGCAAUACAGGAUUUAAAGUUUU